AUGAACGCCUCCGACAUCGAUAAGCUGCAUUUUGUCAAUCCUUCCUUGGAGGCUCUACGACUGUCCCUGCAGUACCGUGCGUUCAAGUUGUAUUAUGGCACCGCAGAUUUUGCCACGGUUUCUCCGGGCAUCCAGACAGCAUUUCGAGAAGUUGCAGAGGACAUAGCAGAAAACGUUACCCAGGCGAUGGCCCCCGAUGAACGGGAAAGGUUAUCUCCAGCGGCUUGGGAUCAAUCGAUCAAAGAGCAUACAGGAAGAAAAUUCAGUUUUCACUACAAGAACGGCGUCUUGGAUCGCAUAACUUCAAAGAAAGGUGGGAAAGUGUACUUUGCUCAGGAUCGUGGAUCUGGGGAUUUUAUUGGCGUGGCGGAACGAGCCAUGAAGAUUGGAGCCAAGCGCAUUUCCCUGGACGCGAGCGCCGUGGGAGCUGCUCGUGACCUUCAGCGCGAGGCUAUCUCACCCAAUACCCGAGGAGAAAGGCGAGGCAGUCGUAUGACGACGGCGUCUGUGUACAAACGAAGAAUCCAAGCAAUCGUAUUUCUUGCGUUGAAGAUGAGUAGCUCUUCUAAUGAUACUGCCCGCGACGACCUGAUAAGGUCCUUCACAUACAGGGCUCUCAGUCUAUGCUUUCCGACGACAGAAGGAGACCUCGGUGCAGAACAGUUGGCAAUAGUACAUACUGCGUUACAGGAGCUUGCAGAGAAGAUAGUGAAUCAAAGAGAUAGAUGGAUGCCGCCAGAGUCGUUUCAAGGAGAGUUUCCCAUGGAUCCGAUAAUUAUCCGUUACGCAAAGCGGAGGUUUGGCUCGUUCAUAUUCAACCUCGAAGAACCGAGCAGGUUGCCCUACAUAGUUCCUAGAAACAGCCGCGGUCGGGUUCGACGGCGAUGA